AUGCAGAAUUGAUAGAAAAUGAUAUGGUAAUGAUAAUACCAUUAUUGCCACUACAAACAGUGGAAUCCAUAAAAGAAUUCGAAAAUUUAAUCAUAUCAAACGAAAUUGCUGCAUCGCAAUUUAAAAAAUUGAUUCUAAAAAUUGGAAGCAACACUCCACGAAAUAGCAUUCAUCGUGCUUUAGAACGAAUUAUCAGCAAUAAAUGCGCUAUGAACUGUUCCUGGAAAGGCGUUCGAUUAAAUUAUAAAAUAUAUACCAUAUGCUCUGUACAUUCAGAUUUAACUGAAGCUGAAUUUGACAUAAUCGCUGCGGAAUGGUUCCGAUUUGCUAAGCAACGAGCAACGCGGGAAGAAAAAAAAAUAAUCUGUAAUAAUCCGUAUAUCUACAGAUUAUUACAAUACAUGGUGCUAUUUAUAAUUUUAUGUUAG